GUUGGAACUGUCAGGACAUGAUCGGGGAGGAUAGGUAUUGCACGUUCAUCAGUUUUACCUCUUGGAAUUGAUUAAAACAUACGUGCCAUCUCGAUGUUCUUGUGGCCAGUCUAACUCGGUAGUUCAUCAUUCAUCCUACCCUCCCUAGCCCAAGGUUUCUUAGGAUUUGGAAGAAAUGGAUUAUGUUGCUUCUCUCACUGUAGUCUGAUGGCUGAAGAACGCAUUGAAUUGUUCAUUGAAACACUGACAGGAACUGCAUUUGAACUAAAAGUUUCUCCACUGGAAACCAUAAUGUCAAUAAAGGCCAAAAUUCAGCGAUUAGAAGGUAUACCCAUCACACAGCAACAUCUUAUUUGGCAAUCCAAUGAAUUAGACAACCAACAGAGUCUCGAGGAUUAUCAAAUAAAGGAUGGUUGCACAUUAAAACUUGUCCUAGGAAUGAAAGGAGGUCCCAUAAAUACACGAAGAGUUCCAUUAGAAGAAAGACAACAUCUUCAACAUGUAGCUGAGUACUUGAAAACAAGAAGGGAGGAAUUGAAUGAGGGUCUUCCUAGUGGAAAACCCAUGACUGUUGUAAUGUUUCAAGAUGGAGAAAGAGUACCAUAUGUACACUGUUGUUGAUGUCAAUGAUGGAUCAUCUUCUCGUAUAUCUGGAUCUGCGAGUAGCUACUCAUCUAGUCAGAAUCUUACAGAUGAUGAAGCUGAACUUGCCAGAAUCCAAGAAAAUCUAAACACUAGGAAAAAAAUGAGCCUUCUUCAGGAAAAGAUGAAAACGCAUGGCAUUAAAAAAAGGACCAGGAGAAAAUCUCGAUCAGGAUCUGUAUCCCUUUCUGCAGCUAAAGUUGGACGAAAGAAAUCUCCAUUAACAAUUGCUGGUGGCACCCACUCAAGCCGUCCUCUUCGUUUACCACCUAUUAAAACAACUUCAAAAAAGAGCUCUGAAAAUCAAUCUGGAAAAAAAUGUGCUGUUGGUCUUAACUCACAUUCUCAGACUGGUAUAUCAAUUUCAAGUCCGCUUGUGCAAAGAGAAUCGGAAUUUGAUGCAGGUACACCUUUGACAGUUGAAAGCAACAGCAAUUACCUGUCAACUCGUUUUCAGCAAGAUACAAUGCAGAAUAAUGAAAAAAUUUUAUCAUUGUGGACUAGAGGUAAUGGUAGUUCCUCUCACAAUAAGGAAGAUGAUGAACUGGUUGAUCUGGCUGCUAGCCUUUUGUCUAUACACCUCUCUCAAAGUCGCCAAAAGCCAUGGAGGCAAAACCUUUCCAGGCCAAGAGAUACUCCUGAAUCUCGUUCUUCAAAAUAUACAAGCUACGAAUCUCUACCUCAGUGUGGAAAAUCUUCAGGUCUUGGUGUGUCGCAGUGCAGUAACAUUUCAACUAAUAAUGAACUUUUUUCAUCCAUAAAUAAUUUACCUCAGAAAGACAGAACUAAGAAUAAGGGAAGUAUUCCUUCACCUAAAACAUCCAAUAAUAGGUCAAAGAACUCAACUCGACUUAUGUCUGAAGGAGGAACUCUUCCCACUGCUUCCAGGCGGUUACUUGACCUGGAUCAGUGGCUUCAAAAUCGUCCACGAACUACUCCUGUAAAAGGAGAUGUGUAUAGACCAUUUGAUGGACUGUUGAAAAAUGGACGAUUUUGGGCAUCAAGAAACUCUUUCAACAAUGAUCUACAAAAAACAGAUUCUUCACAGUCCAAUAGUCAUCUUUCUUUGAGCAGCUCCUUUAAUAGUACAGUACUCAGUCCCCUUUCCCACUCCCUUUCAGAUUAUCGUGACAGAAGAUGGUCACAAAAUCAGCUAGUGCCUUUGUUUAUUUCAUCUCGUGAAAAGUUAAAUUCGUCUCCUAAAAUAUCUGAUCAAGCAAUGUUGAAUAGUUCACAAGACAAAUCUAAAAAAAAUGGAAAGCCAACAUCUCCAGCUGCUAAAAAUGAAGGUGUAUCUUGUCGUAAGACAUCCUCAAAAUCCAGCAAUAAAACAAAUUCUGGAAGACAAAAACAAAAGGCAGCUCAGAACAGAAACUACCAACAUUAAAAACAAAGAAGAAAACAAGCAAAAAAUGUGCAUGGUGUAAUAAAAAAACUGGAAUUGCAACAAGUUAUACUUGCAGGUGUGGUAAAAACUUUUGUGCAACUCAUCGCUAUGCUGAACUUCACCAUUGUACAUUCGACUACAAAACAGAAGGACGCCGUUUAAUACAACAAAGUAACCCUCCAGUAAGAGCACCUAAACUUCCAAAGAUAUAGUUCUUUAAAUUAUUUGAAUCUCUAAGCACAAAUGCUUUUUUAAUUAUAAAGUAGGGGUACAUGCAAUUAAGAAGUGCCUUUUCUAUCCUUUGUAUCACAAAACUUAAUAAAUACAUGACCUGCAACUCAUUUUGUUAUUUUGUGAUAUUGUUUUUCCCAUAUUCAAGAGGGAAUGCACAAAUCCGAUUGUUAAAAUAAACAUUUGUAUAUAGAAAGA